AUGCAGAGCCUGCAGGAGCUGGAUCUGAGCCUGAAUCCGUUGGGAAUGUCCGGCUCCGUGUCCGUGUCCCGGCUGCUCCCGGCGCUCCCGGCUCUGGCCACGCUCAACCUGCGGGGCUGCGGCCUCGGGGGGACCUUCCCCAUCCCAGGGACGUCCCCGCUGCGGGUUCUGGCCCUGUCCUACAACCCCCUGGGCCUGGAGGGGCUGCGGAGGCUCCUCAGGGACAUCCCGGCCCAGGGAAUCCACAGCCUGGAGCUGGGAGCCGUCACCGGAUCCAUCACCAGAUCCAGAUCCGUCACCGGAGCCGCCACGGGAGGACUCGGAAUCGGCGGCAUCGUCCGAGAAUACCUGGAGCAGGAGGGCUGUGCCCUGAGUCACCUCACGCUCUCGGGGAACCACCUGAGGGACGAGGACGUCGAGGAGUUGGCCAGUGGAGACUGGGAGGGACUGGUUUGA